AUGGUCAAGCCUAAAGAUACCGUGAUUAGCGAGUUUAAUGAGCUUGUUAACAUGACCCCAAAGGAACUUCGCGAUUGGCUGAAAGAGGAAAAAUCAAUUUCAGCUGGAUGGGUUAAUGAGACAGGAGAAACUACUGGCCAUGAAAGUGGACGGAAGAUUGUGAAUAUCUUAGAGCACAACCCUGAUGGCAACGCUUCAGACUACACCGAUUCCGAUAUUGACCACAUGCGAAAGGUGGUGUCUUAUUGCAAACGUCACUUGGCUCAAGAAGAGGCUGCGAAACGAGAUACGACGAGCAAAAGCUAUCGAUCUUUAAAAAACUGGGGUCACGAUGCUCUGAAGGAGUAG